AUUUAAGGCAGCAAACAGCCUUGACUCUUACUCCGCUAACUGAGCAUGCAGGUCACUAUCGCUGCUUCUCUAUUAAACUUUCGUAGCAUGAUAACGUGAGUUAUUUCAUGGAGAGGUCGCUUAUCAACCUGCUGAAGACGUGUGCAGUCUCUCCUUCCUUGGGCAGAAGCGCGAUGGCCGUCCAUGGCAGUGCCAUCAAGAGCGGAUUCAUAACACGGCCUUCCAUGCAAAAUCGUAUUGUUGUCGCAUACGUAAAAUGCAGUUUAAUGGUAUGCGCGCGCAGCGUGUUUGAUGAAAUGCCUCAGAGAAAUGCUGUUGUAGAAUCAGCCAUGAUUUCUGGGUACUCUAGGUGCAAAAAGUUUGAUGAAGCGCGGCAACUGUUUGAAGGAAGUAAAGAGCCGAGUGUAGUCUGUUGUAAUGCGAUGAUAUCCAUGUACGUCCACAAUGACAGAGAAGUGGAAGGACUUAAUUUACUUAGGGACUUGUACAGUAUGGGUGUCAAGCCAAACGAAUUCACGCUAUCCGUUGUGCUUUUGGGGUGCUCAAACCUUGAAGCUUUGGAAGAAGGCAAACAGAUCCACGCUUUUGUCACUAGAGGAGGAUUCUCACUUGAUUUAGCAGUUAGCAAUUCGCUCAUCAGUUUUUAUGCAAGAUGUGGAAGAAUGGAGCACGCAAGCUUUGUUUUUUAUCAUAUGCCAGACAAAGAUGUAUAUUCAUGGACAGCAAUGGUUACAGGAUACGCUCAAAAUGGUAGAACAGGGGAUGCAGCUCGGUUGUUUGAUGUGAUGCCUCAAAGGAAUGUGGUGUCAUGGAAUGCAAUGAUAUGUGGUUACCAGGAGCAAGAAGAUGAUGAGAUUGCAAUGGAAAUGUACGUUCGGAUGCUGAGAAAGGGCCAGUUGCCAACUUCAUCAACAUUAUCUGUAAUACUGAAGUGCUGUGUUUGCCUGCUACAGUUUGGGAAAGCAUUGCAAGUUCAUGAUCAAGCAAUAAAACUUGGGAUCAGUUCGAAUGUUUUUGUAGGCAGUGCAAUUGUUGAUAUGUAUGCUAAGUUCGGUUGCAUGGUGGAUUCCCAAAAGGCUUUUGAUGAGAUUUUAGAGCAAAAUGUAGUCUCUUAUUCUGCUUUGGCAUCAGGAUAUGCUCAAAAUGGAGACAUACUGGUCGCAGCUGAUCUGUUUAACAAAAUGCCGGAGAAGAAUUUGGUGGCAUGGAACUUUAUGAUUGCAGGGUAUGUCCAUAACGGUUUACAAAUUGAAGCACUUGACAUGUUCUCUGAUAUGAUCCAGGCUAAUGUUCAACCAAAUCAAUUCACCUUAUCGAGCAUCUUGAAUGCAUGCGCUAGUCCCCAAGCAUCAAGAAAUGGAAGAAAAGUACAUGGCUAUGCAAUAAAAGUUGGUUUUGAUUUUUAUACAACAAUUGGAAAUUCUCUGAUUACUAUGUAUGCAGAGCAGGAGGAUAUUGUGAGUGUCUUGGCUGUAUUUAAAAGGAUGCAGCAGUAUGACGUUGUUUCAUGGACAGCCAUGGUGUCAGCAUAUGUGAAGAAUAACAGAAUACAUGAAGCUCGGCAAAUCUUUGAGACCAUGCCAGAAAAAAAUCUGAUUUCCUGGAACACAAUGAUUGGUGGAUACCUCCAAAUUCGAAACUCUUCAGAAACAGAUGAAGAAAAGUACUUGGCUUUGAGUGGUUCUUCAGCGGACGCACUGGAACUCUUUUGCAAGAUGAAAGAAUUUGAAAUCAAACCUGAUCACUUUACCUAUAAUUGUGUCCUUGUUGCCUGUGCUAGCAUUGGAACCUUGCAGCAGACAAGAUCAAUACAUACUGCCACCAUAACUAGAGGUUUUGACACAGAUAUUGGAGUAGCCAAUGCACUGAUUAAUGCUUAUGGAAAAUGUGGAAACUCGAGAGAUGCUGAGCAUGUUUUCAAUAGCUUAGUCAAUCCUGAUCCAGUGUCAUGGAACACCAUGAUAACGGGAUAUUCACAAAACGGACAAGGCCAUAAAGCGCUGCAGAUAUUCCAUAGAAUGUGUGAAUCAGGUGUACAACCAAAUCAUGUAACUUUUAUUAGCGUUCUUUCUGCUUGUAGCCAUGCUGGAGAAGUUGAAAAAGGCUGGGAAUUGUUUGAGUCAAUGAGCAGAGAUUAUGGGAUCGAACGUGGUCAAGAUCAUUAUGCAUGCAUGGUUGAUCUUCUCGGCAGAGCCGGUCAACUUUGUGAAGCUGAAAGACUCAUAAAUGAUAUGCCAAUAAGGCCGGACACUGUAGUGUGGGGAGCUCUUCUUGGAGCUUGUAAGACAUAUCGAGAUGUUGACAUCGCUAGAAGAGUGGCAAAGAACAUUUUAAAUCAUGAAUCAAUUAAUGCUUCUGUAUAUGUAACUAUGGCCAACAUUUUUGCUGACGCUGGCUUCUGGGAUGAUGCAGCUGAAUUGAGAGUACGAAUGAGGGAGAAGCAGUUACUGAGAUCACCAGGAUGUAGCUGGAUUGAAAUUCAUAACCGGAAACACUCAUUUCUUGCAGGAGACAAGUCACAUCCAGAGUGGAAUAUAGUUCGUAUGAUGCUCUCCACUUUGUAUAUUCAUAUCAAGGAAGACAAUUAUAUACUGGAUGUGGGUUAGGAGUUUGUGGUCUUCAUUUAGU